AUGGCCUCGCCGCCGCUGUCGCAGGUGCUGCCUCCCCUGCUGCUGGGGACGGCCACCUUCAACCACCAGUACCACCCCGACCCGUCGCGCAUGCCCUACGUCGACAUCGUCCGCAGAGCCCUCGAGCACGGCAUCACCGCCUUCGACACGUCGCCCUACUACGGGCCCUCCGAGGUCCUGCUGGGCCAGGCCCUGCGCCUCGUCACCCCGCCGCCGCCGCGCGAGGGAUACUUCCUCGUCACAAAGGCCGGCCGCAUCAAGGCCGACGAGUUCGACUACUCGCCCGCCUGGGUGCGCUACAGCGUCUGCCGCAGCCUCGAGCGCCUGGGCACGCCGUACCUGGACCUGGUCUACAUGCACGACGUCGAGUUCGUGUCGCCCGCCGAGGUGCUGCAGGCCGUUGCCGAGCUGCGCCGCCUGCGCGACCAGGGCCUGAUCCGCUACGUCGGCAUCAGCGGCUAUCCCGUCGAGACGCUGGCCGCGCUGGCCGAGACGGUGCUGCGCGAGACGGGCGAGCCGCUCGACGCCGAUCCUGUCCGCUUCCGAGCCGCCAGGGUUGAGUGUCUGCUCAACGCCAGCAUCCUCAACAUGGGCCUGCUCACGACCCGCGGCGUCGACAACGGGCCCAUGGCCUCGUGGCACCCCUCGCCGCCCGAGCUGCGCAGGGCCUGCGCCACUCUGUCGCAGAUAGCAAAGGACGAGGGCGAGCAUCUCGAGGGCGUGGCCAUCCGCUGGGCGCUGGAGAACUGGGCCCGCGCCGGCAAGGAUUUUGGCACCACGGCCUACGUCGGGGCCGGGCCGCGCAUCGGCGCCAGCGUCAUGGGCGUCACGGCUGUCUCCGAGCUCGACGAGACGUGGGAUUUGUGGAGGAGUGUCAUCGGGCCCGUCAUCGGCACCAAGGACAACGCCGCAACCGAGAGGAGCGAUAAGAUUGCCAGGCUGGUCAGGGACAAGAUGUGGCCCAGUCUGGGCUCGUGGAAGGACUACGCGUGGGAGAGCGGCGGCGAGGCGUUUGUCAAUGCCAGGGCGACGCCUGGACAGAUUCCCAACGACGAGGUGGCGGAGAGAUGGGGGCUGGUCCCUUCAGCAGCAGCAGCAGCUGUUUCCAAAUUGUGA